UCAUGGCUCUUAAAAUCAUCAGUAGACUCCAGAUUCUUCGAUCUAAAUGAAGUAGGUCACAUACGUGAACUUGCGAGAUCCAACAUGGCGGACAUGGAAUUUUUCGGACCUAAGUUUUAGAAUUAAUGGUCGUAAACCUUGAACAUUAGGCGAAUUCAAAGUAAACUUAGUGUAUUUAGUAUACCAGAUUAGUACUGCAUAUGUUGAACUAGGAAACACUAAAGACUUCGCAGCUGUAUAUGGUCCAUUUGAGAUGUGUCAGGUACCAGAUGUGUUAGGUGCCAGAUGUGUCAGGCACCAUUGACAACAAGCAAACAACAACAAGCAUUGUAUGGAUAGUAUUAUAUAACAAGAUGGACUUUGUAAAACAAGAAGGGCUGUGUAAUAAAACUGAAAAUCUUGGAGAACAAUGUGGGGCCAACGUAUCAACUAUAGAUCCACAAAUGGUUAAACAAGAGCCUGUUGAAAUAAAAGAAGAAGUAGCACAAGGACUCACAUGUCAUGAUCUACCUAGAUAUGAUGGAAGGGUAGAUAGUAUCAAUAUUGUGAAUCACUCAAAUUUCAAAAAAGAAAAUUUGGACCAAUUUGACAAUCAGUUUGGUAAUUCUGUAUUUGCUAUUAACUCUGAGCAAUCAGCUAUACAGAUUGACAAUGAUACAAAAGCAAUACAAUCACUUAUUAAACAAGAGUAUUUGGAACAUGAUGGCAGUGAAUUUGGAAACUCUGUAUUUGCUGUUAAGUCUGAACAAUCAGCUAUACAAACUGGCAAUGAUACAAAAGCAGCACAUCCGCUUACUAAUCAAAAACAUAUGGAAAAUUAUGCAGGGGGGACAUAUUUUAGAUGUGAACAUUGUGAAACAUGUUUUAGUCAAUA